AUGUCUAUGUUUGAAAUUGGUCUGAUGGUUAAGGAGUUAGGCUAUGAUGGUAUAGUGUUAUAUCACUAUGAGCUUCCCAACUCUGCUUCUGUAGAGAAGCUUAUGUCUGAUGAAGAUGUUCUGAAAAUGUGUGAAUGUGUUCCAGGAGUAAGGGAGAUUAAUACAUUUUUGACACAGUUGGCUGAUGACCCUUACACCUUUUCAAACAAACACAAACAGAUCGAGCUGCAAAUGGUGGAAGGUUCUGGGGUACAAAAACAGAGGUCAGUCAUGAUUGAGGAUAUAGGAUGUGCUGAUUCUAUUCCUCUUGUUCCUUAUAAUACAAAGAGCAAUGUUGAGCAGCCAACGAAUGCAAAGGAUAAAACAGUGAAGAUAGUGGAGCAAGAACCAGUGAAGGAUGUUGGGGAUUUUUUAGAACCUGAGGCACCAAAGAAUGCAAAGGGUAAAAUAGUGAAGAUAGUGGAGCAAGAACUAGUGGAGGAUGUUGGGGAUUUUUUAGAACUUGAGGCACCAAAGAAUGCAAAGGGUAAAACAGUGAAGAUAGUGGACCAAGAACUAGUGGAGGAUGUUGGGGAUUUUUUAGAACCUGAGGCACCAAAGAAUGCAAAGGGUAAAACAAUGGCUGAGGAAGCAAAGAAGGGAAAGGGUAAAAUAGAGGUUGAGGCACCAAAGAAGGGAAAGGCUGCAAGGUCUUCAAAGGAUAAGGAAGUGGCUGAACCUGAGCCACCAAAGAAUGUAAGGGCUAUAAGGUCUUCAAAGGGUAAAGAAGUGGCUGAACCUGUGGCACCAAAGAGGGCAAGGGCUACAAGGUCUUCAAAGGGUAAAGGUGUGGCAAUGGCAAGUGCAACAGAAGGGGAAGAUAGUGAUGCAUCCUUAUCAGAUGCAUCUAGUUUUGUUGACAGUGAAUAUGGGGGGGAUAACAUUGAAGAGAUAGCUAAGGAAACCAUAUUUUUGCAACAGUGGAUUACAAAUCAUGCCCCAGUUGAAGAUACUUUUCAGCCUCUUGAAGAUGAAGAGAUAAAUGAGGGUGAAGAUGGUGCUGUUAAUGAAGGUGGUGUUGUUAAUGACGGUGAAGGUCCAAGUGGGGACCAACCUUUACAUGCUGGUCCAAGUGGGGACCACCCUUCACAGACUAGUCAAAAUGAAGAGCAACUUUCACAGACUGGUCAAAAUAGGGAGCAGCCUUCUCAGACUACGGAUUUUCACCAUACAAAUCUUCAAGACACUAGAUUGGAAUAG